AUGACUGGGGUGGUGGAGGACACAAGAAACAGGCACAGCCACACAGACAAUGCUUCACUCUGGAGGGAAAGCAGAAACGCUGCCCAGUGUGUUGAAGAAGAGGAGAAGUGGUCUGCAGAGUCAGGAGCACAACAAAGCAGUUCAGAGGUGGAAGCCCAAGAGGAAGAGGAGCAGGAGCUCGCCUCCUGUCCCGUUGAUGCCAUGGAGGUGGGUGGCUCCACCGAACGCAACAAUCUGGCUGCACCAGACGGAGGCUGGGGAUGGGUGGUGCUGGCAGCCACCAUGUUGGUUCUGGGUUUAACGGUGGCCUUCCCUUCAUGCAUGGGCGUCUUCUACAAAGACCUUCAAAGAGAUUUCAACAGCAGCAACACAGAGACCUCCUGGGUGCCGGCCAUCAUGAGCGCCAUGCUGCAUGCUGGAGGUCCGUUAUGUAGCGUGCUAGUGGAGCGUUUUGGUUGCCGGCCAACAGUGAUGGUGGGCGGGCUUUUAAGUGGACUGGGCCUGGUGGUUUCCUCCCUGGCCAGGACUGUCACUGAUAUUUACAUCACUAGCACCAUCACAGGACUGGGAUUCUGCCUUUCCUACCAGCCGUCAGUGACUGUCAUGGGCCACUAUUUUGUGCGACGCCGUGUCUUUGCUAACGCCCUGGCAUCCACCGGCACGGCCGUGGGCGUGACCUGUUUACCCCUGAUUGCCAAUGCUCUGCUCAGUCAUUUCGGCUGGCGUGGCAGCCUCCUGAUUCUGGGCGGGGUGCUGCUAAACUGCUGUGUAUUUGGGGCAGUGAUGAGGCCCAUUGCAUCAGGGCCAAACAAAUCCAGACAGUCUCAGGUUUCGGAUAUGCCAAACAAGCUCUCUUUGCAGCAGGAGACGACAGGGCUGACACACCGUGUAAAGACUGUGUUUUGUGGCUUUGGUGCAUCCCUACACAGACAUAUGGCCUUUGACCUGCUAGUGAGUAACCCUCACUACCGUGCCUUUUCUGUGGGUGUGUCCUGGAUGUCACUGGGGUUAGUGGUGCCUGUGGUCUACCUGGUGCCUUAUGCCACUCACCACAACGUGCCGCUAGACCAUGCCGCCUUCCUGUUAUCCAUUCUGGGCCUGGUGAACAUCGCAGUUCGACCGGCAGCUGCCCUUGUAUUGGGCCUGCCACACUUCAGAGCCGGCAAGAGCGUCGUAUACGUGUUUGCCGGAGCACUGCUUGUGCAUGGGCUGAGUAGCUGCAUUGGCGGAGCGUCGGCCUCCUUCAGAGCCCUGCUGGUGUUCGUGGUGAUCUUCAGCCUGUCCAUGAGCGUGGCCGGCUCGCUGUUCUACACUGUGCUGAUGAGCACGGUGGAGAUGAGCCGCUUCCCAUCGGCCCUCGGCCUUCUCUGCAUGCUGCAAAGUGUAACAAUGCUAGCUGGGCCACCCCUCGCAGGCAGGUUAGUGGACCACACAGGCCAGUAUUCGUAUGCCUUCUACGCGAGCAGUGUGUGCGUUGCCUCUUCCAGCAUCUUCUUCGGGGCGUCCUUCUACUUCCUGGGCCGUCAGCGAGAUGAGGAGAAGAAGAAGAGUGUGACGCCUGUUGUAACCCUGGCCCCUGACAGCCAGUGUGCCGCCUCUGAAGGAUAA